GUCAGCGCUGUGUUGAUGUUGUUGGACGCUGAGCGGAGGGGAAGCUCCAGCAGUGGCGGCUCGGCGGCGGCGGAGACUUGGGCUGUUUUUGUUCUCUCCGCGGCGCUUUUUACCCACAAAAACGACGCCUUACCUUACCCGAAACCUCCAGGGAGGAGCCCUCGGUCCAGAGAAGACGGCCAGGCUGAAGCACGGGCGGCGCAGAGCUCUCCCCGAGCCGGAGGACUCGUCACCCCUGACACCCCUCCUCCUCUUCCCGCUCCCCCCUCCCUGCCCUCCGCGCACACACAGCCAACAUGACGAUCCUGCCCAAGAAGAAGCCGAGCUCCACGGUCGGGGUCCAGGACCACGCCGACGAGAGCGACAGGCGAGCCGGCUCCGACCCUCACCAGCACGGCCACGGCGUUGUGCGGACCGGGGCGAGGCCUAGAGCUUCACCGCCGCCGUGGUCAUAUCAAGCCGCGCCGCCUCAGUCCAGGGAGGACAGGCGGAAUGAAUCGAGCUCGCGGCCGCAGCAGGCCUCCCCUCCGCCGGUGGGAGCUGGAUCCCCCGCCGGCCCGGGGGACGGAGGCGGUCUGGGCGGGAUUAGCUGCGUGUCCGGCGGUCGCGGGGAGCUAGCGGGCGGCGUGGUGGGCUGUGGGGGCACUAUCGGCAGCUGCUGCUCUGGGCCGGGUCUCAGCAAGCGGCGGCGGCAGGCGACCUGCUCUGGGGGAGUCGCGGGCGGGGGGACACCCGGUGUGUCCGGGGGUGGUGGUGUGGGUCCAGGCCCAGAUCAGGAGGAGGGUGCCGGGUACAACAGUGAAGAUGAGUACGAGAAUGCUUCCAGACUCCAGUCAGAAGAUCCAGCAACAGUUGAGCAGCAGGAGCACUGGUUUGAGAAAGCACUUGGGGAAAAGAAAGGAUUCGUCAUUAAAAAAAUGAAGGAAGACGGUGCUUGCCUCUUCAGAGCUGUCGCUGACCAAGUUUAUGGAGACCAAGAUAUGCACGAAGUCGUUCGCAAACACUGCAUGGACUACUUGAUGAAAAACGCAGACUACUUCUCAAACUACGUGACAGAAGACUUCACCACAUACAUCAACAGGAAAAGGAAAAACAACUGUCACGGGAACCACAUCGAGAUGCAGGCCAUGGCUGAGAUGUACAACCGGCCGGUGGAAGUGUAUCAGUAUGGCACAGAACCAAUCAACACGUUCCACGGGAUCCAUCAAAACAACGAUGAGCCGAUCAGAGUUAGCUACCAUCGUAACAUCCACUACAACUCCGUGGUGAACCCCAACAAGGCCACCAUUGGAGUGGGGCUCGGCCUGCCUGCCUUCAAACCAGGGUAUGCAGACCAGUCUCUGAUGAAGAAUGCCAUUAAGACGUCGGAGGAGUCGUGGAUUGAGCAGCAGAUGCUGGAGGAUAAGAAGAGAGCCACUGACUGGGAGGCCACCAACGAGGCCAUCGAGGAACAGGUGGCCCGCGAGUCUUACCUGCAGUGGCUCCGGGACCAGGAGAAACAGGCACGACAGCCCCGGAAGGCUAGCGCCACCUGUAGCUCGGCCACAGCCGCCACUUCCAGCGGACUGGAGGAGUGGAGUGCGCGGUCUCCGCGGCAACGGAGCUCCGCCCCCUCGCCCGAGAACCCCGACCCCUCCCACUCUGACCCAGCGGCUAAACCCCCCUCCCCGGCUGGAGCGCCACUAGCGCUGUCCAAACCCCCAUCGCCUUGUGCACCUGGGCCCAGCAACCAGGCCUGUGUUGGACCAGACAGACCCACCUCAUCCUCACUGGUGUCUCUGUACCCUGCACUGGGCUACAGGGCCAUCAUGCAGGACAUGUCCCCGACUGCUUUCGGUCUGACUGACUGGGAGGACGAUGAGAUUUUGGCCUCGGUUCUGGCUGUGUCGCAACAGGAGUACCUCGACAGCAUGAAGAAGAACGCCAUGCAUAGGGAACCCUCUCCAGACAGCAGUUGAUAAAGGCAGGAAGUCACGUCAUCCAGCCUUCAAGAGGAGGCCGAAAAAACGGGGAUCAAUCAAAUCUCGUUCUCUCAAUCAUCAUCAUGAAAAAAACACAUCUGCCCUCCCACUCUCCCCCCGCACACCCCCAAUCCCCUCGCCCAUAUUCACAUCACCCCGCCCCCAGCCCCCCCCCCACCAUUACCACCCUGUUCAUCUAUCAGUAACAAUGACCCUUCACUAAGACUCCCUCGCCACCACUACAUUGCUUUCUAUUGCCACUGACGCCAACAUUGGACUUCUUUAGGUGCAUGUUUAAACCAACAUAACUGAUAUCAUAGAAAAAAAAAACAAACAAACAUGGGAAAACGAAAAAAAAAAAAGUUAUAAAAAUGUCAUACUGUAUCACCUUAAUAACUGAUUAAUAUAAGCUUGUUGUAUUUUAUUUUCUUGUUUGGGAUGAAAAAAAAACAAAUGCUCUUUUUUUUCUUGGAAUAAAAAAGGAGAAGUUUCUGAAGAAAUCCGUUA